UCCAAACAAACACCUUAAGAGUUAUUAAUGAAUCACAUCCAUGGGUGGGAAUAGUGUAAUCCAAGAAAACAAACGAUCUCGCCCUGAAGAAAAACUCGUCCCGCCUAAUCCAAUUCCCAUUUCCCUCCCUCCCUCCCUCCUUCAUUCAUAAACUCAGCCGGAGCUCUCUUAUUCCCGCACAAUCGCCCACUCUAUUUCCGGUACCAUCCUAUUCCUAUUCCCAUUCCUCUCAUUUUCGUACAAACCCACUUUUGCUCUCAAUAGCUCCCUUAUAUUCCAUACCAACCUUUUCUUUUAAUUAAAAAAUUUUCAGGAAAGUUAGGGCUUAGUGUUUCUGCUUCCCAAUUAUAUCCACAUUGAAUCAGGACUUGGAAAUUUCGGCUGUGGUUAGAAUGAGCGACUCAAGGGAGCAAUCUCCGGAUUGGUUGCGUACUUUUCAGGCGCCAACUCAGUCAACACUGACAUUGUCGUCAGAUUCUGAGCUGUCACCAAAAGGUAGCCCUUCAUCAGAUUAUGAGCCUUCACCAAAAGGUAGCCCUUCAAGGGCGGACAUAUUUGAUCUUGACGAGCCAACUCCGGAUAAAUCAUCUAAAAUUCCAGAGAAAGACAUGAAUCAAGGUAUUGUUCUUGGUGAAAGUGGUGCAGGUUCUUCGUCCAGUAAGCCAUCCAAAGCAAAGUCUGCAAAAAGAAGACUGAAAGUAGAAGAUCAAACACCUCGGCAAAAGAAGAACACAGCUAACAAAAAGAGAAAAAGAGGAGAUGAGAGUGACAAAAAAGUUGCCAAGGAAGAAUCAUUAGAGAAGAACAUAGAACCUCAUGAACCAAAUGCUUCAGUUUUGACACUAUCAUCAGAUUCUGAGUCUGGUCAACGCUAUAGACCUAUAAAUGAGGAUCAAAUUCAUCAUGGAGAAUCUUCUGACCAGAAAACCUCUGAGUUCCAAGGGGGAGCAAAGGGUGAUGAUGAUGCUCUUAUUGGCAGUGAUGGAGAGUCUCCAUCUAAGAAGGCUGCAAAAGAAAAAUCUCCGAGAAAGCGGCUAAAAGUAGAGGGUCACACAGCAAUUAAAGAAAAAAAAAUAAAUGAGAACAUUGAAAAAAAAGACACAGACACACACACACACACACAGGCAUGUACUGUCUGUAGAGUUUUGAUGCUUGUUGUAUCUGUUAAUGGUGUAGGAAAGAGUGGCAAUGUGGAAAUCGCAGAGGAAGAAACGUCGCAUAUGGAACCCCGUGCCUCCUCCUCAAGGUUGCCUUUGGUACUCUCUGACAAAGUCCAGCGCACGAAGGCACUUAUUGAAUGUGAAGGGGAUGCCAUAGAUUUGAGUGGCGAUAUGGGUGCUGUAGGACGAAUAAUAGUUUCAGAUACACCGUCAGGAAAUCAUGACUUGUAUUUAGAUUUAAAAGGAACCAUAUACCAAACAACAAUAGUUCCUUCCAGGACAUUUUGCGUUGUUAGCUUUGGUCAGUCAGAGGCAAAGAUAGAGGCUAUCAUGAACGACUUCAUUCAGCUUAACCCACAGUCUAAUGUAUAUGAAGCUGAAACUAUGGUUGAAGGAACAAUGGAUGGUUUCUUGUUUGAUUCAGAUGAUGAGGCUGAUAAGAUGCCUAAAGCCAUUUCUUCUAAUCAAAAUGAUCAGGACAUUGAAGGACAAACCAAUGGAAAGAUCAAAGGGAAAGCUGAGAAAAAAUCGGGGGGUGUCCGGAAGAGAGGCAAAACUGCAGGCGGAAAGACCCAAGCUCCAAAAAGAGUAAGAAAGAAAAAUCAAGUUUCAAAGAAAGGCAAGAGCAAGAAAUGAGAGACAAAUACGCUUUGUAUUUUGCAUACAUGUCAUAAGAUAUAAACCAUUAAUGACCAGAUAUUAGUUCUGAUAGUUGACAGGAGUAGGAGUAGAAUUGCCUUGUAUUAAUUUCAGUGACAGAUUAUAGUCAAAUGGUGGUCAUUGGUGCUUAAAUUCAUAAAAUUUAAGGUUUUAAGGAGUAUAUGUUGUAAUUUGUUUCUUUAAUUUGACUGUUUCUGCUGGUGGGUUGAUGAAUUACUUACUAUGUUCAAAAUAGAUUACUCUGC